UUUAAUUGUUUAAACGCACAGUCACUACACUCUGAAGAGAAACAAGAAAGACCCAUAAUCGUUCUUCCGAGAAGUAGGGUUUCUCUUCGUAUCAGAAAACAGAACAGGUGAUUCAAAAAAUGGGGUUCUCAAUGCAACCUUUUGGAGUACAAUCUAUGCUCAAAGAAGGCCACAAACAUCUCUCAGGUCUUGACGAAGCUGUUCUCAAAAAUAUCGAUGCUUGCAAGCAACUUUCUGCUAUCACUCGCACUUCUCUGGGACCUAAUGGUAUGAAUAAGAUGGUUAUAAAUCACUUAGACAAGCUAUUUGUCACAAAUGAUGCUUCCACUAUUGUGAACGAACUUGAGGUUCAGCAUCCUGCAGCCAAGCUUUUGGUCCUAGCCGGCAAGGCUCAACAAGAAGAAAUUGGUGAUGGAGCUAAUUUGGCUAUCUCUUUUGCUGGGGAGAUUCUUCAGGGUGCUGAGGAACUUAUCAGGAUGGGGUUACACCCAAGUGAAAUCAUCAGCGGAUACAAUAAAGCUAUCAACAAGACAAUUGAAGUCUUAGAUGAACUGGUGGAGAAAGGUUCUGAGAACAUGGAUGUAAGAGAUAAGGAGCAAGUUGUUUCUCGAAUGAAAUCUGCUGUUGCUAGCAAGCAAUUUGGACAAGAAGAUAUUUUAUGUUCCCUUGUUGCUGAUGCAUGCAUCCAAGUAUGCCCCAAAAACCCAGCAAACUUUAAUGUUGAUAAUGUUCGCGUUGCAAAACUUUUGGGAGGAGGUUUGCACAAUAGCACAGUUGUUCAGGGUAUGAUCUUGAAGAAUGAUGCUGCGGGAAGUAUUAAGAGAAUCGAGAAGGCAAAGGUUGCUGUGUUUGCUGGUGGUGUUGAUACCUCUGCAACUGAAACUAAAGGAACUGUUCUUAUCCAGAGUGCUGAACAGCUAGAGAAUUAUGCAAAAACUGAAGAAGCAAAAGUUGAGGAGCUUAUCAAAGCUGUUGCCGAUUCAGGUGCCAAAGUAAUUGUUAGUGGAGCUGCGGUUGGAGAAAUGGCAUUACAUUUCUGUGAACGUUACAAGCUCAUGGUUUUGAAAAUCAGCUCAAAGUUUGAAUUGAGACGUUUUUGCCGUACAACGGGUGCUGUUGCUAUUUUGAAGCUUAGCCAACCAAACCCAGAUGACUUGGGGUAUGUGGAUUCUGUUUCAGUUGAGGAAAUUGGUGGUACUAGGGUCACUAUAGUGAGAAAUGAAGGCGGAAACUCUGUUUCUACUGUGGUUUUGCGAGGAAGUACUGACAGUAUAUUAGAUGAUCUUGAAAGAGCUGUUGAUGAUGGAGUGAAUACAUACAAGGCAAUGUGCAGGGACAGUCGCAUUGUACCUGGAGCUGCAGCUACUGAAAUCGAGUUGGCUAGAAGACUGAAGGAAUUCUCUUUUAAAGAAACAGGAUUGGAUCAAUAUGCUAUUGCUAAAUUUGCUGAAAGUUUUGAGAUGAUACCUAGAACUCUAGCUGAAAAUGCUGGACUAAAUGCAAUGGAGAUCAUAUCUUCUCUCUAUGCUGAACAUGCAUCUGGAAAUACCAAAGUGGGCAUUGACUUAGAGGAAGGUGCGUGCAAGGAUAUCUCAACCACAAAUGUUUGGGAUCUAUAUGUGACCAAGUUUUUAGCUCUCAAAUAUGCUGCAGAUGCUGCCUGCACUGUAUUAAGGGUAGACCAGAUCAUAAUGGCAAAACCAGCCGGUGGCCCGAGGAGAGAUCAAGCUGCUGCUGCUGCUGGAAUGGAUGAGGACUAAUUGUAAUAUUUGGCGAUUGAUUAUAGCUUUGUACCCUCUUGAAAUUUGGUUAGGGAUAUUCGGUUUUCAUUUAGGUGCCCAAAUUUUGGCUUGAAAAAGUUUUGUUAGAUGGAAUUGAAAGUGUUUGUAUAUGCCACUUUGUGUGAAGAUUGUUGUUGAUGGUGGUCUGUGAUCUGUUAUUUUUGGCAUUAAUUUCUCAAUUUUACUUCCUCUUUCCCCUUUUCCA